AUGCUGCAACUUUGGACCAUCACACUCCUCCUGCUGGCCACAGUGAGAGGGAAAGAGAUAUGUUUUAAAAAGCUUGGCUGCUUUUCAAAUGACAAACCAUGGUCUGGAACAAUCCAAAGACCUUUCAAAACCCUUCCCUGGUCUCCUGAGGAAAUCAAUAUCCGUUUUCUCCUCUACACUAACGAAAAUCAAAACAACUUCCAGAUUAUUGACCCAAAUGAUCCAUCCACCAUUGAAGGUUCAAAUUUCAAAACAGACAGAAAAACUCGUUUCAUCAUCCAUGGCUUCAUAGACAAGGGGGAAGAGUCCUGGUUGUCAGACAUGUGCAAGAAUAUGUUUCAGGUAGAAAAAGUGAACUGCUUCUGUAUUGACUGGAGAAAGGGUGGGCAAACGAGGUAUGUGCAAGCCACCACCAAUAUCCGGGUAGUCGGGGCUGAAGUGGCCUAUUUCAUCAAUGUCCUAUCGACAGAGUUUGGAUAUUCUCCUUCUGAGGUCCACAUCAUCGGUCACAGUCUGGGAGCUCAUGCUGCUGGGGAGGCUGGGAGAAGGCUUGAAGGCAAAAUUGGCAGGAUCACAGGCUUGGAUCCAGCUGAGCCUUGUUUUCAGGGAACUCCAGAAGAAGUCCGAUUGGAUGCCAGUGAUGCUAUGUUUGUUGAUGUGAUUCACACAGACUCUGCUCCUAUGUUCCCAAACUUGGGUUUUGGAAUGAGCCAAACUGUGGGACAUCUGGAUUUCUUUCCAAAUGGUGGAAAACAAAUGCCUGGAUGUCAGAAAAAUGCCCUUUCAACCAUUGUUGACAUAAAUGGAAUAUGGGAAGGAACACGUGAUUUUGUAGCUUGCAAUCAUUUGCGAAGUUAUAAAUAUUAUUCCAGCAGCAUCCUCCACCCAGAUGGUUUUCUUGGCUAUCCCUGUUCUUCAUAUGAGACUUUUGACUCGGAUGCAUGUUUCCCUUGUCCAGCUGAAGGAUGCCCCAGGAUGGGUCACUAUGCUGACCAGUUUAAGGGCAAAACAAGUGCAUUGGGACAGACGAUUUUCCUCAACACUGGGGAGAGUGGCAACUUUACUCGUUGGAGGUACAGGAUAUCAGUGACACUCUCUGGAGGAAAAAAACUAAGUGGGUAUAUCAGGAUUGCUAUGUAUGGAAAUAAUGGUGUUUCAAGACAAUAUGAUAUUUUCAAGGGAACCCUCAGGCCAGGUGCUAAUCAUAAGAAGGAGAUUGACGUGGACAUCAAUGUGGGAAAAGUGGAGCAAGUGAAAUUCCUCUGGUACAACAACGUGAUCAACCUUUUCCGGCCCAAAUUAGGUGCUUCAAAGGUCACAGUGCAAACGGGUGAAGAUGGAACUGAGUAUCAUUUCUGUGGCAGUGAUACCGUCAGAGAAGAUGUUCUACAAACACUCUCUCCUUGCUAGAAAUGGAUCGUGGUGGUCUUGCUGCCUUUGUUGUCAUAAAAUUAUAAAAUGCAAUUUUUUGUGUGAUAGUGACAUCAUGGUUUGGUUACUAGCCUGACUGGAAGGAAGCUUCCUGAUGGCAGCAGCCAUCUCGGCUUAUUUAAGGCAGAAGGUGCUUAAUAAAUAAAUUAAUAAAUAAA